AUGGCGAAUCAAGUGCAGACUCAGGUCGAGGCCGGCGUCGUCAAGUUCGUGGCCGAAGGAGAAGACGAGAAAAAGAAGAACUGGCUCCCCACCUCGCUGGACAUCCUCGACAACAAGGCCCCAUCUCCACACGAGCUCACCUCGGCGCAGCUGGCGCAGGCCAAAGCGGCGGACAUCGACCACAUCCAAUGGACUAAAGUCUCUGCCUUCUGCCGCUCCGGCGUUGGCUCUGCCGGCGUGUUCUUCGUCAAGGUCCCGGAGGGCGUGGCGGUGGUCAAGGGCUGCGACUCCGUCGUAGAGGAGGUCUUUGCGGCGCUCCUCGCCGAGCGGGUGGGCAUCCGCGUGCCGCGCGUGCGGGUGUUGGAGUACACGAGCCGGGAGUGGCGCCAGGCCAAGUGGGCCAUCCGCUCCAAGGCCGAGGCUGCCGACCCCACCGGCGUCGACGCCCUCAAGGUCGAGAAGGAGCUCGACCGCCCCUUCAUCAUGGUGAUGGAGUUUGUGAAGGGGAAGGACCUGGAGCAGUUGGGUCCGCAGGCCAAGUCGCUGUUCGAGAGCCCCGACGGCCCGCGGCUCUUCCGCGAGAUGGGCCGCCUCGUGUGCCUCGACAUCGUCACCAACAACUGGGACCGACUUCCCAUCAUCUGGGACAACGACGGGAAUUUCCGCAACCUGUACCUGGAGCAGCGGGAGGGCAAGGACCACCACCGGACCAAGUGGAGCGUGGUGGGCAUCGACCAGGGCAUCACCGCGGUCAAGCGCGAGGUGCACCCGGAGGGCCACGACAAGUACAUGAGCCGCGUCGAGUCGCUCGUCGUGCACAUCGCCACCAGGCCGGGUGAGGAGGCGGAGGAGCUGCAGCGAUUCAGGGACUGCAUUCGCACCGAGCUGGCGAUCGAUCUGCGCCCCUCCGAUUCGCUUGAGAUUCAAGCCGGCAUUCUGGAGACGGUGAAGGAGUUCGCCAAGCUCGAGGAGAAGGACCUCGUGGAGAUGAAGCACAAGGUGGAGCACAUGAUCCGCACCGACUGGGCCGACGUGUGGGCCAAGGGCCUCGAGAGCAUCCACAUCCCCAUGCUCAUGGACGUCAUCGACAUCUACAAGCGCGCCCUCUCCCUCCCGCCCCAACCCGCCGCCACCAAAUAA